CCACACCGGAAACGACCAAAAAUAACGUCAAAACCAAGCCUAGAAAAUGAAUUUUGAAGACAACCGAGGGGUAAAAAUAUAAUCGUGGAUGAAGACUACAAAGAAAAAUGCUCUUGACCAGAUAGAGCAAAAUCGAUUAAAGAGACGCCCUACUAGGAUCGCUUUUGAAUAUCCUUAAAUAUUUCCGGUGUAUAGGAAGAGAGGCACAUUUGGGUGCGGGGUUCAUUACUUUGUCUCGCUCAACAGGAGUUUUUCUCGUGAACUUAAGACGAAUUUACUUUGAUUGAGUUUUAAGACGCUCCCUUGCAACGAACAUCAUGAAAUCUUCAUGGAUCUUUAGUUUCCAAUCUGCUCAUGGGCGUGGCAAUUAUGGAUCGCGAUAGCACCUAGAAACAAUUCUAUACGAAGGAGACAAAAAAUCCUUGAAAAGUUUGCUUUAUUGGAAUUUUUAAAGCUGAUUUUGUACCAUUAUUUUUAUCGAAAAGAAACAGUUUCUACGCCUAUGCAAUGGUUAUUACCGUUUCCUCUUUCCGCACCUUACAAAAAAUGAAUGUAAUUUGGUGUUGGCAUUGUAAUCUAUCCCAUCUGACAAAGAUAUUCUUUCGCUUCAUAUCGAUUGGCACUGCUCUCAUUAAGGUAAUCACUAUAAGCUCCUGGGCGGACAACUGAGGUAAAAAGUGAAUUCUCGCAGGAAGGGCCUCAAACUUUGUCACAAGGGAGUUCUGAAGAGAUCCCUAUUGAGCUUCUGCUGCUGUACCGUCGUCCAUACUCGUCUCUUCUCCAAGGAAUAAAGCUUGAAGUAUUGUGUAACCCCGAAGCAAGCAGAAUAUAGUGCGUCAACGAUAUAAGAAGUCUUCAACAACUUCAAAUAGCUGGACCACGCAAAAAGAUCAUCGUAAAUUCAAGAAGUUGGUCGAAGAAUAACCGUGUUUUAAGAUGUCAAGCGUAGCCUCCCAAGCAGCAAUAAUACUUUUACUAGAAAUGUGUCUUACAACUUAUGUCUUCUCAAGUCAGUGGCUAUCGCUCGCCUUGACUGGCUCAAGCCCAUCUCGUUUCAAAUCAAAGAAAAACUGCGAUGAAAUUGGUCAACUACUCAAUCACAAGCAAGUCCAAGUCUGCAAGAAAAACGUUGAUGUGAUGGACAGUGUGAAGAAUGGAGCCAGCGUAGCUCUUCUUGAAUGUCAACAUCAGUUUCGAUAUCGUCCUUGGAACUGCACGACUGUUCAGUUUAGCAAAUCUCCUGUUUUUGGAAAUUCUGUAAAUGGAGGCACAAGAGAAGCCGCAUUUGUUCACGCGAUAUCAUCAGCAGGAGUUGCCUAUUCCGUGACACAAGCCUGCAGUGCAGGACGGUUAGGCAAGAAAUGCGGCUGUGACAAAAAAUACCGUGGACAGUCCUCUCAGGGAUGGAAAUGGGCUGGCUGCAGCGAUGACAUUGAUUUUGGAAUCAAUUUUUCUUCGCGUUUUGUGGACGCUCGUGAAAGAGGCAGAGGAAUUGGAACGCCAGCGCGCGUAAAGAUGAACUUGCAUAAUAAUAUGGCAGGGCGUUUGGCCAUAAAGAAGUUUAUGAAGCUGCAAUGCAAGUGCCAUGGAGUAUCAGGCUCCUGCAACAUCAAAACUUGCUGGAGAGACUUGCCCGAGUUUACUUUGGUUGGAGACCACAUUAAAGAAAAAUUUGACGGCGCUACGGAAGUCGAGCUCAAACUUAUCGGGGGCAAACAUGUACUUCUCCCGCAGGAUAAUAAGUUUAAGCCCCAUACUAAGCUAGACCUCGUCUAUUUGGUCCCUUCGCCGAAUUUCUGCGAUCCAGAUACGAGUACAGGUUCGUUAGGGACUCAUGGACGCCUGUGCAAUAGAACAUCUCAGGCCAUUGAUGGAUGUGACCUGAUGUGCUGUAGACGCGGAUUUAUAACGACCACAGAAAUAAAAAAAGAACGGUGCAACUGUAAAUUUUACUGGUGCUGUAAGGUUAAGUGUCAAGAAUGUCGAAAGACUGUUGAAGUCAAUUACUGCAAAUAGUCACCAGAAUCAACAGAAGAGCAGAUAUUGUAAAUAGUUGGACUUCAAUAAUGCGUACAGCCAAUCGGAGAUGCAUGUCGACUAUCCAUAGACGUGGAUAUACUGUAUAGCCCAAAGAAAAGUAGGGAAUUGUUGGGUUUCAAGCAUUCCCAAGAGAGUCAGUUACAAAAGACAAAAAUAUGGCGGCCAUCUUUGUGCGGUUAAAGGGGGACUAGCACGAAAAUCUUCCAAAAUAAAUAAAUUAAUUCGGCUGAAACUUCAAUGGAAUAAUCUUUAAGGGUUUAAUAAUCACUGGUUAAAGUUUUUUCUUUAUAUUCCAAUGGGAAGUGUUAUAUUUUUACGAAUUUCUAUAGGUGUCUGUGACGUCAUACACUCAACACUUAACACUGCUCCAUACAUUUCUUUGUAAAUAACUUCAUGUUGUACUUUAAUUCUAUUAAGCCCAAAGGUUCGCUGAGGGACUUAACGUACAUAACUUGUGGUUAAAAUCAUUUUAUGCUAUCUUUUCUCCAAUACUGAGUAUAAAACUAGAAGAUAUUUUGAUUACAAAAUACAAAGAAAAUGUAUGGAGCGAUGUUUAGUUUUGAGUGUAUGACGUCACAUGCUCAAUAAAAAUUCGCAAAAAUAUAAUACUUCCCAUCCAAAUAUCAGGGGGGAAAAAUAACCAGUGAUUAUUAGACCUGUAAGGGUUAGUCCAUUAACGUUUCAGCUGAAUUAAAAUUCGGACGAAUGAGAAUGAGAAAUCGUUUGUGAAAGGGCACCAGCAUGGCUUGAUGUAACGUACAAUCGAAGAAUUGUAAUCCAGUAGCCGAAAUAUCAAAACUCGAAUAAUCUACGUAUUUUAGUUUACUAAGUGUGUAACGUUGACAAACGCUAUAUAUCUCUAUUGGACAUUGCAUUUUUAUUUUCCACUCUGAGUGAAAAAUUGUUUUCCCAAAGUUAUACGAGAAAAAUAUCUCUAUACCUAGCUACUCUGUAUGGUUCUAAAAUCACCGUAUCUCGCUGUAACUUGCCCUUCACUGACAGUGUCAAAAUCGGGAAUUAAUCUUUGAUUAACUCGCUUUGAAUCGUGCGCGGCGCAAAGCCGAACUGACUCAAAUGUUCCAUAGCUUAUCUUAAUUUGCGUUUUUAAAAAGAGAGGGUUCUGUUGAACUCGGCGUUGCCUUGCCUGGCUGCAAAAUGGACGUCGUUAGCUUGAACGUAAUGUUUUCCCAUUUCUUUUUUGUUUGAGUUGUAUAUCCAUAUUCAUGUGUCUUCUCAUGCGCUACCGUUAAACAAAGAAAUAAUACUCUAGUGAAUGACGCGUGGUCUGAAAUGGGGAACAUUACACCCGAGCUCAUUAAAACUAUAAUAUAUCCUAAAGUCGUACAUUUUCCAGAGCUCAUUAGCUUCGUUUUCUUUUCCAAGCGGUGGGACUGAAAGAGCUCGGGUGGAAGAUUGGCUUAGAAAGUUUCUUUCAACACUUUUGUCUCCAGAUUAAAGACAAACAUCUAUUCAAAGAAA